AUGGCCUCCUCCAAGGAGAAGCCGGCGCACGGCGAGCGCUGGCUGCUCACGCGCAAGACAUGGCGCUACAUGGCCGACGCCGGUCGUCGGCUCAUCCCCGAGGGCUGGUCACCCGAGCACGGCGCAGCCGGUAUCCAUCAGAUCGAGCAGAACUUCCAGGCCGUCUGCAAGAAGGAGAAGAGCUUCCUGCCCUGGCCCAAGAAGAAGCACGAGCACGAGGAGGAGGGCGCCGCAGCGGCCGCCGGCGAUGGCGCGCGGACCGUCGAACGGGCUGUGGACGCGCUGGACGUGGUGGACGCCAGCUCCAGCGUGCCGGAGACGCCCACCACGCUGGGUGCCGACAGCCUCACCGCCUCGGACGAGGAGGUUACCGUGAUCGAGGACCCCGGCCUAGCGGCGUCGCCGAUGUUCGCUCAGGCGGCGCCGUACGGGGCCAGCGCCGAGGCCUACCAGCGCUCGGCCGGGCUCCGCACCUUCUCUGCCGGCAGCCGCAUCACGCCCGUCGGAUUCGACGCCGAGGCGGCCGAGGAGCUGAAGCAGCGACUACGGCAACGGCAGCAUCAGGACCGCGAGCGGCAGGAGCGCGAGCGAGAGGUCACCGUCGGCGAGGAGCUCGAGGCACUGCUCGAGGACGGUACCAAGAAACUGGUGCGCUGCGUGGGCACGCAGACCGAGGCGCGCCCUGACGACCCGCUGCCGCCGCUGCCUCCUGUCGAGACGGACAGCGGCAAGGGCACCGAGGCCGAGGUCAGCACGCCGGAGACGCCGCUCAGCCCGCUGUCGGUGAUCGACUCGCGCUCCGAGCCGGACAGGGGUGCCACCGCUGUCACCCCCGGAUUCACCAGUGUGGGCGUGUUCGGCGACCUCUCGUCGCACACUGUGCCGCGCAAGGACUCGGUGACCCACGCCGGCGCGCCGCCCUCGGACGACGAGCAGCACAAGUUGCGCCAUGUCGAGCACGGUGAGAAGGACGGCGCCAAAAAGGAGUCCGCAGAACAGCCGUCGCCAAUGCUGGAUCGGUUCGGCGACAAGCUGUCCCGCUACCUCAAAAUGGCGCGCCGCGACUCGGUCACGCGCGACAAGGACAAAAAGGAUCGCUUCAAGACGGUCAACUACGACAAAACGCUGCGCAACAUCAAGUCGAAACGAAUCAACCCCGACACUCUGGAGGACAUGAGUGAGGAAGUCAAGCCGCUGGAGCUCGACGAGCCUCCCAAGUCCCUUCUCAGCGAUCCACCAAAGCGGGCCCGCGCACCAGCAAAGGUCGCCAAGCCUGCGCCAGUAGCAGCGGCGGCGGCAGCGGCCGCACCGCCUGAGCCCCGGCAUCAUGACGCGAAGAAGAAGAAACGGCGUGGUAUCCAAGUGGGCGAGCCGCUACCUCAGUACAUUCUAGACUCGUUGCGCGGCGCGUUACACGGCUUCAAGCCGACGCGCAAACUGUCCAAGGCCGAGAGUGAGAUAUCUGCGAGCGCUGACGAGCGGUGCAGCGACCCGCUCAGCCCGCGCUAUUCCAUUACCGUCAGUGACGACCUGGGCACGCGCGACCUCACCCUCUCGGACAUCGAGUCGUCCACAGUGGCGCCGUUCAGUCUGUACAGCAGCGCGCGGACUAGUCUGGACGUGACCUGUGACGCGGUGGACGAUUUUCUGGCCGGCCGCGGCGCGUGCGGUGGUGACGUGCCGCCACCGCUGCCGCCCAAGCCGGGCGUGGUGGCGAUGCCGCCCAGCCAGCCGGUGGCGAUCUCCGAGCCGCGCCGCGCCUCCUCCUCCGACCCGCUGGUCGCCUCCUCCUCCCCCUCCAAACAGGGCUUCUUCGCCCGGCGGCUGUCGCACGCGCGCGCCCCCAGCGCCCAGGCGCAGCAGGCGCUGGCGCAUCAGGCCGCCGCUGCCGGCCACCACGGCUCUAAACGUGGCUUCCUCUCCACAGUGAUGCAGAAGACGGGCAAGGCGAGCAACCACGGCAGUCGCGUGGUGGCAAAGAAGCUGUGGAAGUCGCGCUCCAAGUCCCAGUCGCGCACCAGUCUCUCGUCCGCCUGUGUCUGGACACCUCAGGGCAGCUGCCAGUGGGUAAACAUCCAGAGCCGGGUGGUGACGCUGUGCGACACCACACUCCUGCAGCUGACGGAGAUGGAGGCAGCCGCCGUGCAGCAGGUGGCCCUGCAGCGGCUGGCUGACUUCAACCUCGGCUGCACUGUGCGCAUUCCCAAAGACUUCAACGUGACGGCCGGCCACAAGCCGAAACGGAGACCCUACCUGCUGAAGAAGAGGCCGCUCACCACCGGCUUCUUCGAUACGGCCAAACGGGACGAGAAAGGGAACAACAACAACGCCCAGGGCCUGGUAUUCGGCAUUCCGCUCAAGACGUGCAUGGAGAACGACCGCCGGCUGCGCGGCCGGGGCGGCUCGCCGCUGCGAGACCGGCUCGACGAGCCGCUCAGCAGGAAGUCGUCCCACGGCGGCAGCCACGCCUCCUUCUCCUCCCUAAUGGACGCCAUCAGAGACAAGACGAGCGGCUCGUGCGAGUCUCUGAACAUCAUGGAGAAGCGCAGCUCGGUGCAGGACAGCAGUCUGUCGCUGGCUUCGGACGGCGGCGGCGCAGGAGCCGAGGCCGCCCUCCAGCCGCACGUGCCCCAGGUGCCGCAGCUGGUGACCGCCUGUAUCCGACACAUCGAGACGCACGGCCUGCACACGGUCGGCAUCUUCCGCGUCAGCAGCAGCAAGAAACGGGCCAGACAGCUGCGGGAGGAGUUUGACAGCGGCGCAGACGUGAAGCUCAGCGAUGACCUGUGUCCGCACGACGUGGCCACGCUCAUCAAGGAGUACUUCCGCGACCUGCCCGAGCCGCUGCUGCCCCACGAUCUCUACCAGCCCUUCCUGGCGUCACAGAAGAUCCGAAACAGGAAGCAGCAGUUUGACUGCCUGCAGCACCUGAUCCAGCUGCUGGCCGUGCCCAACCGGGACACGCUGUGGGCGCUGCUCUGCUUCCUGAAGAAGGUGGCAGACUGCGCGGCAGACCGGCGCACUCCGGCGGGAGAGUGGCUCACCGGCAACCGUAUGGACAGCAACAACCUGGCCACCCUGUUCGCGCCUAACAUCCUGCACUCGCUGGCCCAGCUGGGCAACGAGCUGAGCCAGCAGGCCACCGAGCGUAUCGACGUCAUCAACGUGAUCCGCAGCCUGAUCGACCACAACAAGGAGCUGUUCGAGGUGUCGGCCGAGCUGCUGCACGAGGCUUAUCAGCUGUUGAUGGACAAGCAGCCCGAGGCGCUGGACGUCCUGCUGCGGCGGCGGCUGACCAGUCCCGGAGACGAGGUCGACCUGGAGCUGGACACGAGCAGCUCGGUGUUCGAGUGCAGUGAGGGCGGCUCGCAGCCGGCGACCGCCACCGAUCGGGAACGGACGCGGGACGGCGGCGACGAGCUGAGAAGAAGAAAACGAGAACCAGCGCCUCAAGAACCCACUGUCAGCAAACCCACCGCGGAAAGAUCUCGCAGAUUUAGGCGGCGCCAGGAGGCUGACUCGGGUCGGGAGCGCAGUCGGCGUCGGGACAAGUCCGGGUCGAGGGAGGACCUGGCCGGAGGCGGGGGAGGCGGAGGCGGGGGCUGGUUCCGGCGGAGGGUGCGCUCGUCCAGCUCCACUCGGCAGGCCUCCGAGGAGCAGCGCAGCUCCGAGGAGCGGCCGGCCACCUCGCGCUGGUUCCGGCGCCGCGACAAAUCCUCCUCACAAGCGUCCGACUCCGGCUCGGAGCCGCGCGGCCGGCGCGGCAGUCUGCAGGCGGCGGACCGGCCGCUGCUGAUGCGACCGACGCCCCGCCAGCGCAGCAGCUCCGACCAGACGGUGGCCGCGCCGGCGCCGCAGCUGACCGGCCGCUGCGAGCGCCGGCUCAGCUCGCCCGAGCUGGACGUCAGCGGCGUCAUCACGGCCAGUCUGACGAUCCCGGCGCCGGCGUCGACGGGCGCGCUCAGCUCCACGGGUGCGGGCGACGACAUCCCCUACAUCGAGGAGUGUCAGACUGUGUCCGGCCUGGACGACGUGUUCCUGACGGAGCGCGACUCGGCGCCAGUGCUCGACAGCCGGCAGCGGCACCGGUCCAGCAGCUCCGACUCCCACUGCUCCGAGCAGCCCAUCACUGGAUCGCUGAGCAUCCAGCCGCUGGCGCGCUCCGUCUCCGGCCAGGUCGGAGAGCGAGGGUUCGUCAUUACGGCUGGGGGUGAACCGGCGCGGCCACAGCUGAAUGUGGUGCGCUCGCCGUCCGCCGACAGCACCGGCUCGGUGGGCUCGGAGGGCGGCCCGCCGGCGGCCGCGCCGCGCCGCCGAGUCCGGCCGCAGCCCGCCGAUCACGUGACGCUCGGUCAGCUCGUGCUACCCUCGGGCGGCGGCGGAGAGAUGGCUCGCUCGCGGACGUCGCCCAACAUCUCGCAGCACACGGUGGUGGCGGCGCCGGCGCCGGUGCGGCGCGUGCGCCCUCAGACGGCCGCCGCCGCCGAGUCGCCGCCGGCCGAGCCGCGCGUGCGCCGCCGAGCCGCCGAGGCCGAGGCGCCGCCGCGGCGGACGCGCCGGCCGGCCGGCCGCAGCGUCACUGCCAACGUGUACGAACUGAAAAAGUCCGAGAGCGCGUCGCCGACGGUGUGGAAGCGCCGCCAGCUGAUCGCCAGUGACACCCAGACGGGCGUGUAGCCCGCGCCGCGCCGCCGCCCACGUCAGCUCGCUAUGUAAAUAUCAGUGUCAAUGUUUUCCAAGUACAAUUUUUGUAUCAAUUUG